UUUCUGCCACCCUUUUCCGCCCCUAAUCCGCUGCCACUGCAUAGCACUAUUACUACGGGCACCCGUCUAUUGGCGCGUCGAGUCUGCAUAGGCGGGAUAAUCUUCAAUUAGGUAAUGAGCUAUGCACAUCCAGGACUCUUCCUAUUGGCAAAAGACUGAUUUCUUGGCACACCUUCCCUCCUCCGAGUUCAACUCCGUCGGACCUAAUUCAAGUACUGGACGUCAACUCAUUCAGCCUGCGCAUUGCAAAGUAUUUUGGGCUGGAAUCCACACAAUGUCAACUGACUUUAAGCCUGCGCCUGUGCCCUCUAAACGGGCUAAUACCGAUUACCCAUUAAUUGACUCGGAUCCGCAUUUGAGGCGGGUUUUCGGUUAUGCGAGACCUUCAGACUAUGCGGUCGCCGGUGGAAUGGCAGCCGCCUCUCCGCUUACAUUCUGGAUGAUGGAAAGAGUGAGCCCUUCCCAUGUUGGUCGGGGAGGUUUUGCUCCUGUCAUGCGACUGGCGACUGCUGUUGGUCUCAUUGGUGGUCUACACAUCCUUUAUCAGAGAUCCUGCAAUCGCUUCUACGGCUUUUCGGAGAACUCGAGGGAGGCUAACAUGGACAUGAGGGAAAUGGUGGACAAGGUCAAGACUGGCCAACCUUUAUACGGUACCUCUCAGGUCUCUCCCUACUUGCAAGGUGUCGCAGCUAGAAACUCGCGGUUUUCCGAGCUCUUUAUUCACGUCAUCCCGUGGUUCAAUGUCGUCAACCACGACCAGCACGGUGUCGAUACGGCCAAAUAUUAUCAGCAGGCUGAGCGGGAACUGGAAACUGAACGUUUGGCAGGGGGUGGCUCUUCCUGAACCCAAAUAGUACAAUGUCAAGAGGGAUCGUCUGUUAUCUAAUUGCAAGUUUCCGUGACCCUUAUGUAUUAUUUAUCAUUCCUGGUGCCGUGCCCAAAGAAGAAAAUAAUUUUUAAGCUAUAGAAAAGAGGGAUUCCAGUCGCGCUUAUGGUUUUCUUUGCGGUAAGGCCCUAGUCAUCUACUCAUAUUCAACCUUGGUUUUUAGCUGUCGGUUCUUUUUCGGUCGAGGCUUCGGUGCUGCUGAAGUAAGCCUAUGUGAUAUCAGUGAAUAUGGUUUCUUUUUCUCACCCUUGUCAUUCUCUUGAAUGUAG